CCUUGGUUUCUGUCAACCUAUUACCAUCGAAACAUUGCGGGAGAAACACCCUUUGUUAGAUGUAGUUGACCAUGACAGGAGACCUAACGUUCUGUACCCCUCUGCUGUGGAGCUUCCCAAGAUUGAGGCUGUUGUUUUGUUUGGGGAGCCAGUCAGAUGGGAAACCAACCUUCAGUUGAUAAUAGAUGUUUUGCUGACAAGUGGCUAUCCUGGAAAUCCAUAUCACCAUGAAAAUUACCCUCACAUUCCAGUACUUGCUUGUAAUAUGGAUCUGAUGUGGGUAGCUGAAGCACAGUCUCCAAGGUUUGGGCAUGGAACAUUCAUGGUUUGUUUGGAAAACAUUUACAAGAAGAUCACUGGCAAAGAUCUGAAAUAUGAGGCCUUAAUGGGCAAACCUAGUAAACUGACCUACCAGUAUGCAGAAUACCUCAUCAGGGCUCAGGCAGCAGAAAGACAAUGGAAGCAACCUAUUCAAACUCUUUAUGCUGUUGGAGAUAAUCUCAUGACUGAUGUCUAUGGUGCUAACCUCUACAAUCGCUACCUUGAAGAGAACUCCAGAAAAGGUUCAAAAGCACGGAUUCAGGCCAAAGUUGCUGGUGGCAGAGGAUCUGCCACACUCUCGCAGGAUGAUGACAUAGACAACAGUUGGGAGAACGAAUUAGCAUCGGCAGCGGCUGCCCACUGUAGGUCUGUUCUUGUUUGUACUGGGGUUUACAACCCUCACACCAAGGUACCCUUGGAUACCAGGGAGAGCAUAACUGAAAUGGUGUUCCACGGCCACAGAGAUUUUAGAUUUGAUCCUGGUUUAGUAGAACCAGAUCAUAUUGUACCAGAUGUUGAUGCUGCUGUAGACCUGGUCUUCCAGCUGGAGAACUUUGCACCUAAUUGA